UUACAAUGUUAUUUCUUGGCAUUGUAUUUGAUCAACUCCUCCUCUUAGCAGAACAGAUUCUCAACAUGACUUUACAUUCUUUCUGACACAACACACUUCCUGUCCUGGGGGGGGGCAGUCUGUUGGCAGAGAUACUGUGGAGGAGAAACCAGGAAACACUAGAGCGAAGAGAAACGAGCUGAAGGAGGAGAAGAAGGUGUUCAGAAAACAAGAGGAGACAAUAUGUGGAAGAGUUGGGAGUAAAACCAAAGUAAGAACCGAACAGAAGGAGAACGGAGGAGAACAGAAGAACAGAGGAAAGCCGAAGGGGAACGGAGGAGAUUAACUGGAUGAAUCAGACGACUGACUUCAUCAUCAGAGAAGAUGGAGUCUUGGUUCAGCUGGGUUCCCCUUGUGAUCCUGUUCGGACUCACCUGGUCUGACCCGGCCUCAUCACUUAACUACACCAUCCGGCACACCAAGGUCAGCUUCGACCAGGCCGCCGCCGACUGUUCCCCCGGCGUCCUCACCACCCUCGCCACCGAUCAGGAGGUCGCAGACGUCCUCAGGCUCAUCCCAGCGUCGUCGUUGGCUCAUCAGAAGGACUUCACCUUCUGGGUCGGGCUGAGGAAGGUCAAGGACGAGUGCGUGGUUCCAACGCUGCCACUGAGAGGAUUCAAGUGGACUGAGGACGGCAGCGAGGACACGCAGGUGAGCCGCUGGACCGAGGAACCAAAAAACACCUGCACGACGGUCCGCUGUGCGGCACUAAAGGGGGAGUGGAACGGUUCGAAGGUGACCAGCUGGGGUCUGAUCCCCGUCUCCUGUAGGAACAGUUACCAGUUCAUAUGUAAGCUGAGAGACACCGCUGGUAGACCAGCAGCACCUGAACCAACAAAACCAGCAGCACCUGAACCUCCAAAACCAGCUGCACCUGAACCAACAAAACCAGCAGCACCUGAACCACCAAAGCCAGCUGCACCUGAACCAACAAAACCAGCAGCACCUGAACCACCAAAGCCAGCUGCACCUGAACCAACAAAACCAGCAGCACCUGAACCAACAAAACCAGCUGCACCUGAAUCACCAAAGCCAGCUGCAACUGAACCAUCAAAACCAGCUGUACCUGAACCAACAAAACCAGCUGCACCAGAACCUAGACCUCCAACAUCAAAACCAGAACCAGCUAAUCGUGAACCUGGACUUCCUUCCCUAGGACCAAAACCAGACACUGACCUAAAGCCUGAUCCUGGUUCAGAUUUGUGUCAGCACCCCCUCAUCCCCAGUGCUCGCUCCAUAAGUUUUGCCAACAGCAGCAGGGUCCAGGUGGAGUGCUGGUCCACGGACCAGGUGGAGCUCCGCUGCUCGGGCCGUCCUGCUUUGUGGCGGCUGCUGGACGACUCCCCCGCCAACUUCACCACCGUGUGCCUGCCGUGUGAAACCGGUUUCCGAAAAGACGUCUCGGGAAAUUGUGUGGACGUCGACGAGUGUGGCGGCGCCCCCUGCAGGCACUCCUGCCUGAACACGGAGGGCUCCUUCAGGUGUGUCUGCUCCGACGACAACGGGAAACACCACAACGAGGACUCGCUGGCAUGCGCCGAUGCAGCGACAAGCGGAAUCCUGAUCCCGGUGCUGGUGGCUGUGGCGGCGCUGGUGGUGCUGGUGGUGGUCGUCGCUGUGACGGUGAAAUGUUGCCUGAUGAGUCAAUCGAAGAAACGUGCCAUGAAGAAGGCGGAGAAAAUGGCGAUGAAGAGCAAUGCUGGCAGGGAUGCCUUUGAAACGGCCAAUGAAAAAGCAGCGUGAGAGAAGAGAGCUGUGAUUGGUCGUGUCUGGCAGUGACAUCAUCAGUGUGUCUCCAAAAUGUUGCAAAUAUCCCAGGAAGAUAGAAAAAGGUUUUCUCAACCAUAUAUUCUGAAGUUAAAGUUUGUUUUCUGUUGCAGUGCAUCUUGUUUCCGUGGUAACAAGAACUCACCUGGAGAAAGGUGGACUUCUUUGACCUCAUUGGCCAAUUUAAUUUUCUGAUUUAAGAAGAUUUACUCUUGAAGAUUAAAACAUUGAAGCUGACUCAGCGACUCCUUUGAUUCGGACAAAGAGAACAUUCAGAACCCUCUGACUUAGUUUUUUUUAAUAAAUCCAAAUAAUUUGCUUUUAGUUGAAGAGAAUAUGAAUCAGGACAUUUAUAAAUGUAAUAAAAAAAUGUAUUAUUUCAAAGCAAAACUGAUAAAUAGCCAGUGUAAAUGUAUUUGUUAUAGUUUUGGACACAGACUUGAUGGUUGAAGUUUAAUCUGAUGUAUUUCUGAUUCUGUAUAUGAGUUCCAAUCUGCCAGGAAAUUAUUUAAAAUGUAUUAAAUAAGAAAAGUAGUUUUUCCUUUUGAUCAAUAAAGAUU